AUGGCGUACGCGCUGUUCUACUGGUGGCUGAAUGACACGCAGAUAUGGCCAUACCUGGUGUUUUACCGUGUUGGGAUGCCACCGGAAUAUUAUGAUAUCAUUGCAACGGUUCACAUGAUCAUGUCUUCAAUCCACGGCUCGUGCAUCGUGUUAAUGGCUGCAAGUUCAGUAUGGCUGCGGAAGCUUGUAUUCACACCGUGGGGAGAUUGGAGAGAAUCCAAGAUAUUGAAGAAGAGCACGGGAACGAUGCAAAUUCUUGAAAUUAAUACAAAAAACGCCAAUCGAGCGAAUUCUGAGUUACUGAAAUGGAUAUCGAAACUUUCUGCACAAAUCAUAAGCCGACACGGAAUACUGGGCGUCAAUGGACAAUAUUUUCACGUAAUUGCAAUCUUCCGCGAGUUCAUUGAGACUGCAUUACAGACAAUCCAAGCCUACCGUAUGAGUAGCCUACUCCCGAAUGCGCUACUCAACCGAUUUUACGUGGUGGGUAUUGUUCUUAACUGCUGGUCGCCAGUGGUAAUUCAUGCUUUUCUGUUUCGGCGCGAUGAAGCUCGUAAAAGGUUUGCGAGUCUUGCAAGCGAUUCCAUGCUCGAUCUUUUCUCUUGCAUGGGCGUGACGUUCAUCAUAGUGCUGAAUUACGUGGGGCAGUAUACUCCCGAGACCGCAGAUUUUGGUCUAUACCCAUGGUACAACGAUGAAUGGGCUGCAAAAGCACUGAAUGAAUUUCAAAUGGUCCUUGUUGUAUCAUGGUCUGAUCUAGCCACUCGAGUGCUUUUUUCUCUCGGUUUGCUCAUGGCCAUAACCAACAUGAAAGAAUUACUGUACCCCAUUCCGCGACAUGGAAAUCGAGUUGUAGGUUUUAAAGAAGCCGUGCUGGACAGUCCAAGUAAAACUAAGGUGCUGAGUCUGCACAUCCAGGCUUCAGUACAACCUUCACUACAACAGUGUACAUUACAAGUGAGACCUUGGGCUGUAAAACGACCGUAUUGUUUCUUGAUAUCCCUCGAUUGUCAUCGCCUACAAAUUUCUGGUCAACUGGAAGAAAUUGACAUUAAAUGGCGUGAAUUUGACGGGUCUACCGUAGUCAUGAUGGUUAUCAAGCACUGUCCUUUGGUCGACAUCCCCGACACGUUCAAUGAAUUUCAUCAACUCAUCAGUGUCAAAGUUUAUAACUCGACGAUUGUCGAGUGGAGAGAAUCUGCUGCAAUUACGAAUACGAACCACCCGGCAUUUUUGUCUCUAAUGCUCGUUCGAACGAAUAUGACAAAUGGAGAAUUACCUGCAGGCUUCCAAUCUAGUGAUCCACCGCUCAAUUUGUAUGACUAUGAGUUUUGCAUUACCAAUCUUCGUGAAGUGCCUGACAAUCUUGACGUAAAGUGGCGUGCAGGAUCGAUUGUCAUUAUCGAAUACAGUCAACUACAAACCGUACCACAAACUCUAUUACGCGUUAACCCGUCAUACUUCUCACUCACUGGCAACCCUAUCAGCGAACUUCCUCCUGAGAUUUUUGAGAUCGAAGGUUUAACAGAUUUGGGUAUCGGCGAUACAAAUAUUCGAGAACUUCCUCAUAAUGUGACGCAACUCUCAUCGACACUCACUUCUAUAUACGUGGAGGGAACGAGUAUUUCCUACUUUUGGUCGUGGACAGAUGAAAUUCUCGGACGGGUGAGUAUUCGAGACAUACCCCGAGUGAUCUACGCUGGCAAUACUGUUUAUUGUGGCGAUCUGGAGAAGAUUCUGACUAAAUCAGCCAAUUCCUUCAGUGCCGUAGCAAAUCCGGAUUUUUCGUCUCGACUUAUGAAUCCACCGGAGGCAGGUUUGGAGGGGAAUAUCUGGUCAUUUGUGGACUGCAACCCUGCUGUAAGUGGACUUAGCGGACCUCUCUACCCUCUAGCAGCGGAAGACAACCAGAAUGUGCUCCAUAGUUGA